AUGGAGUCCAACAGAGAUUGGCUUGUCAUAUACUUGAUUGUUCCAUUCAUGUUUUCGUCGAUCAUCAAUGGCACCACCGGCUACUAUGACCCUGAAUCGUUAGAUGCUUUAAUUCACAGUCACGCGAAUGGAGCGCUAAGAAAGCAACGCAUAGGUACUCUUCACAACAUUUCUUUACCCUCUAACUUCUCUGGCAUGGAAGCUUCAGUUGUAAGGCUCCGCAGCAGUAGUUUGUGGUCUAGAGGAGCCAAUUUCAGUACUUUUUAUAUCCCUUCAAGGGUCAUUCCUUUGCCAUAUGUGAAGAGACUAGCAAUUGUGUAUGAAAACUUGGGCAACUGGUCUUCUUAUUAUCAUCAAGUACCUAAUCAUACAUUGAUUGCUCCUGUUAUUGGUUUCAUGGCUUAUGAUUCUUCAGAAUCUGGAGGAUUGGGGAGAGAGAAGCUCAAUUUCAGCUUCAUGGGUGAUCCUGUUCUGAUCCAUUUCCCUGGCAUUGUGCCAGAAGAUGAAAAUGUUACACUAAAAUGUGUCAGGUUUGGGACUGGUGGGUUUGUUGAGUUCAGCAACCUUACCAGUGAUAACACAUGCACCACACAAAAUCAAGGACAUUUCUCCAUCGUCGCCCCGUCUCUGCCUCUGCCUAAGAAGGAAGAGAAGUUACGGAAAUGGCGGGCGAUUUUGUUCGUUGCCGGGUUUAUUGGGUUGAUUUUGCUUGGUUUGGUUGGGUUAUGUAUCUGUAAACUAGUUAGGAGAAAGCGAAUUACGGAAAUGGAGAAUGAGUCUGAUAAAGGGGUGGCGUUCGACACUGUUUGGAUCGGAAGAAGUAGAAUGCCUUCAGCGUCAAUGAUAAGAACCCAGCCAGAGCUUGAGCAUGAGUAUGCUCCUUAG